ACUGUAAACUGUUGUAUUCAUUGUGAUUGGUUUAGGGGAGGGGUGAGAGGUCAUUCGUUAUCUAAGUACUGAGUGGAUUACUGGUAAGUAGAUUUGGGAGGCUGAGUGAAAGCAGGUUUCAGGUGACUUUCUGAGGGUCUGAGUUGUGUCCAGUUCCCCUUUUGGGUCACUCCCACUUCUACAUUCUGUUUCUCCUGUCUGUGGUUCAAGUUUCUGCUUCGAUUUUCAAAGGCCCUGAAGUUUCCCAGGAUUUCCCCCUGACAUGCCAUCUGGACAAGCGAAGGAGGAGCACGAUGACCGAGUUAGUUUCCCUCAAAGAAGAAAGAAAGGCCGGGGUCCUUUCCGGUGGAGGUGUGGUGAGGGGAACCGCAGGUCUGGAAGAGGAGGCACUGGCAUCCGAUCUUCCCGCCUGGAGGAGGAUGACAGAGAUGUGGCAAUGAGUGAUGCCCAGGAUGUUCCCCGCGUAAGAUACAACCCCUAUUCUGUGCGACCCAACCGUCGGGGUGAUACUUGGCAUGAGCGAGACCGUAUUCACGUUACUGUGCGGAGGGACAGGGCUCCUACGCAAAGAGUAGGGGCUGGCACUGGCCAGGACGGGACCUCGAAAAACUGGUUUAAGAUUACAAUUCCUUAUGGCAGGAAAUACGACAAGGCAUGGCUCCUGAGUAUGAUUCAGAGCAAAUGCAGUGUCCCCUUUACCCCCAUUGAGUUUCACUAUGAAAACACACGGGCCCAGUUUUUUGUUGAGGAUUCCAGUACCGCCUCUGCAUUGAAGGCUGUCAACUACAAGAUUUUGGAUCAGGAGAAUCGAAGGAUAUGCAUCAUCAUCAACUCCUCACCUCCACCCCAUACAAUACUGAAUGAACUGAAGCCAGAGCAAGUGGAACAGCUAAAGCUGACCAUGAGCAAACGAUUCGACAGCUCCCAACAAGCGCUUGACCUCAAGGGCCUCCGUUCAGACCCAGAUUUGGUGGCCCAGAACAUUGAUGUCGUCCUGAAUCGUAGAAGUUGUAUGGCGGCUACUCUGCGAAUCAUUGGGGAAAAUAUCCCUGAGCUGUUGUCCUUGAACUUGAGCAAUAACAAGCUAUAUAGGCUGGAUGACAUGUCCAGUAUUGUGCAGAAAGCACCCAAACUGAAGAUCCUAAACCUCUCUGGAAAUGAGUUGAAAUCUGAGCGGGAAUUGGACAAGGUAAAAGGGCUGAAGCUAGAAGAACUGUGGCUCUUAGGAAACCCCCUGUGCGACACCUUCCGAGAUCAGUCCACCUACAUCAGCGCCAUUCGUGAACGAUUUCCCAAAUUAUUACGCCUGGAUGGCCAUGAGUUACCCCCACCAAUUGCCUUUGAUGUUGAUGCCCCCACGAUAUUACCACCCUGCAAGGGAAGCUAUUUUGGUACAGAAGCCCUGAAGAAUCUGGUCCUGCACUUCUUGCAGCAGUACUACGCAAUUUAUGACUCUGGAAACCGGCAGCGGCUCCUGGAUGCCUACCAUGAUGGAGCCUGCUGCUCCCUGAGCAUCCCUUUCACCCCCCAGAACCCUUCCCGAAGUAACUUAGGCGAGUAUUUCAAGGAUAGCAGGAAUGUGAAGAAACUUAAAGACCCAACCCUGCGGUUCCGGCUGCUGAAGCACACGCGGCUCAACGUUGUGGCCUUCCUCAAUGAGUUGCCCAAAACUCAGCACGACAUCAAUUCCUUUGUGGUAGACAUAAGCGCCCAAACCAACACAUUGCUGUGUUUCUCUGUCAAUGGAGUCUUCAAAGAAGUGGAUGGGAAGUCUCGGGAUUCUUUGCGAGCCUUCACGCGGACGUUCGUUGCUGUUCCAGCUAGCAAUUCAGGGCUGUGCAUUGUAAACGAUGAGCUGUUCGUGAGGAACGCCAGCCCUGAUGAGAUCCAAAGAGCUUUCGUCAUGCCUGCGCCCACGCCCUCCUCCAGCCCGGUGCCCACCCUCUCCCCAGAGCAGCAGGAGAUGCUGCAGGCAUUCUCUACACAGUCCGGCAUGAACCUUGAGUGGUCCCAGAAGUGCCUUCAGGACAAUAACUGGGACUACACCAGAUCUGCUCAGGCCUUCACUCAUCUCAAGGCCAAGGGUGAAAUCCCAGAAGUGGCGUUCAUGAAGUGACCCCUAGUCAUGCCCCAGAAGAAUCCCCCUGUAAAUAGUCCUCGGAUGUUGAUGCCUCCUUGUCAAGGUCGUCGUCUCCUCUGCGCCCCGCCCGAGGCCGCCUGAGGCCACCCUGUGACUGUGACGGAGAGGGGAGGGUUGCUGGAUCCCUCUCCCUCCCCACCUUCUGGAAGACUCUGUAGGGCUUUCAGAAGAUUGAGCCUCACUGGUGCCAGGAAGCCAAAGGUUACUUUGUAGAACUGACACUAAACUACCCGAAGGACUGAGGUGCUUUGUGUACUUAACCCCAGAAGCCCCUGUCCCUGCCAGUACCGCCCUCGACUUUUUAAGAUAAAGAGUGAUAUUAUA